UGUUCAGAAUGUCGUGAAAAAAUUGUGUUUGUACUUUGGUUAUUACUUUGAUCUUCAGUAUUUUAAUUGUAUCAUGGGAUUGUUCUGCUCUAGAGUUUKUCCAGGUUCAGUAACAGUAAAUGGCGUUCGUUAUCGGGUAGUUCGUGAUCUUGGGGAAGGAGCCUUUUCUUAUGUGAAUCUUGUGAAAAGAGGUAAUCAUUACUAUGCAUUGAAACGAAUGCGUUUGCAGCUAAGAGAACAAGAAGAGGCAUUUGAAAAUGAAGCAGCCGCACACAGAGCAGUUGAUCAUCCCAAUGUAAUGAAGUUGUAUGAUGUAGAAGUUAUAAACAAGUCCAGCUACAAAGAAGCUCGCAUGGUUCUAGAAUAUUACAAGGAUGGGACUGUUCAGGAUAUGAUAGAAAAGACAUUAGGGUGUGGCAAUCCUGCAGCAGAAUCCAAAAUCCUAAAGCUGUUCAGGUCUGCCUGCCAAGCCAUAGCAGCUUUUCAUUCCUUAUCUCCACCUCUUGCUCACAGGGAUAUCAAGCCUCACAAUCUUUUAUUGGGACCAAACUGUACUGUGAUUGUAUUUGACCUUGGAAGUGUAACGAAGGCUCGCUCUUCUAUUGCAUCAAGGCGUGAGGCUUUAGCACUUCAGGAAAUAUGUGCUCAACAAUGCACUGCUGCAUACAGAGCACCAGAGUUAUUUGAAGUUCCUUCCCAUUGUGAAAUUGAUGAAAAAACUGAUAUCUGGUCUCUUGGUUGUACUCUUUAUGCAAUGGCAUAUGGUGAGAGUCCUUGUGAUGGAUCAGCAUUAUCAGCUAUGAGUGGAAAUAUUCAAAUACCAUCAAACAUUCAWUACUCUUCAGAUUUUAAUAUCCUGAUUCGAAGCAUUCUGCAAGUAGAUCCACAAGAAAGGUUAUCAAUAUCAGAAAUAUUGAGAAUAAUCGACACCUUGUGCCCAACUGUAGAAGAAUUCACCUGUGCAGAUCCUACRCAAGUAGCUAUACAUGCUGUAUAAUGCAUAUCACACAUUUAGGGCCGGUUGUGUGAAGGGUGGAUAAAGUUGAUGGAUAGCACUUUUCACCUUUGUAUAACCGCCCAAUGUUCUUAAUAGUCAGGCACUUUGUAGAUAUUAGAUUGAAAURCGUGUAAACUGUACUAUUCUCCGCAAAAUAACUGACUGAUGAACAUAUGAAGAUACCUCAUUUGGUGCCAUAAUAGUACACGAACUCAAAACUUUUAAAUACUCURCACUAAAUUCACUUAUCAAGUAUUCCUGAGAAUGAGACACAAGAAAAUGUACGCAGGAACACAUUUCAAUCCCCUUGCACCAAACAAAAUAUCUGUAAUAUUUAUGAGAGUAUGAUGUCAAAAUUGAUCACAAUCAAAAUUUAUAAGAGAUUAUUUAUCGUAUAUAAUAAUUAUUGUUGUUUACUAGAAGCUGGAAUAAUCCAUUCAUGACAAAAAAGUGUUUCUUUUUAUCCUGUUAUAGCCAUCAUGUAUUUUCCUGUUUUUACGAAGAAGCACAUCACGUCCAUUACAUCGAGGAUGAUGUAAACUAGUUUUCCCAAGAGUUAAUUAAAAUGUUUCCCAAAAACCCAAACAUUGUCAAAUAUUUAUUCUUAUAUGCUAUAAUCGUUUAUAAACAGCUGCAAAAGCUUUUCCAAAGGUAUUUGAUUGUACCAAAAAUGCAGAUAUGGUUAUGGUUAUACAGGUCGAUCGUUGUUAUACAGAGAAUACUGCUUUAGUAAGAAACCGCACUGAGACAAGGGCAGAUCCAGCUGAAGUUUUAAGGAGGAAAGGGGGGAGGGGYUAAAUGGUUUUAAGGGGGGGCUAAAUGGGUUUUAUUUGUUAUAAACAACAGUGAAAAUAAUAAAAAGGUUACUUUUUAUGCUCAAAGGAGUGGCUACAGCCCACUUUUGCCCCUCCCUGGAUCCACCCUUGUUGAAGUGCGCAGGAAACCCAAUGAAAGUCAAAUGGGAAAUACAGUUGAAGCUCUAUUAAUGGUCACUCAAGUGACCGUUAUUAAAGAGGUUUAAUAGAGCUUGAUAGAGGUUUUACAUAAUUAGGCCAAAUUUUGUAUAGAAACUUAAAAAAAAAUAACUAUUAAAGAGUGCAUCWAUAAAG